CUGACAAACGCAGUGUUGUAUCUGGGACGAGGCUGGUGACACAGGCGUGAUCUCUCUUCACUCAGUGAGCAGGAAACUCUAAGCUGCAGCUAUGAAUCGCCUGGAACAGGCCAUCAAAAACAUCGUGGAGGUUUUCCUGGAGUACGCCGAGGAUGACGGCAAGAAACGUCAGUUAAACAAGGACGAACUGAAGCGAUUGCUGGAACGUGAAAUACAAAGCCCUGAAUUAAAAGAUAAAAUCAGUGGAGACGACAUUGACGCAGCCAUGAAGACGGUGGACAUAAACAGCGACGGGGAGAUCAACUUUACAGAGUUCUCUCGCUGUGUGUCUGUGCUGCUCAAAUCCUACUACAACAAGAAAAUAGGCAAGAAAACUGCAGCUAUGGCUCGCCUGGAACAGGUUAUUACAAACAUUGUCGAUAUUUUCCUGGAGUAUGCCGAUGAUGAAGGCAGGAAACGUCAAUUAAACAAAGAAGAGCUAAAGAAAGUGCUGGAGCAAGAAAUACAAAGCCCUGAAUUGAAAGGAAACAUCAAUGCAGAUGACAUAGAACAAGCCAUGACAUUGCUGGAUAAAAACCAUGACGGGGAGAUCAACUUUCGAGAGUUUUGUCGGUGUGUGUCUGAACUGGCCAAAUGUUACUACAACAAGAAGACAGGCAGGGGAGGCAAGAAGAACAAGGGCAGUGAACAAGGUGGUGCAAAGAGUGAAGAUUAAAUCCAGACCCUUCAAAUGUUUGCUGUUAACAAUAACUUAUACACAUAGUGUUGGUUGCAUAUUAUUUACAAAUCUUUUUUGUCUUUGAAACAUGCAUGCACCAUUCAUAGUCUUUGUCUCUCAU